GUACCACGUCGCCAGUUUCCAGGUUUUCUUCAUGACUGACUGUGUCCCCUCUUUACUUUCCCAGCUGCAGUUUUCUUUACGUCCUUGAAUGUGCACUGUAGCUCUUUGUACGUGCAUACUGCUCCUGUACCUGCAGCAAGACCACUUCGACGGCUGCUAAACCAGGCUUUUUUGUCUCGUGUCUGGAAGUAGAUUUGUUUGACGUGCAGGUCGUAAAAAAUCUGUUUAUUCAAAAACCAGUAUGGAGGAGGAACGGACUCGGGACGAUUCCUCUGUUCCGGAGAUGCUGGAGAUCAAAGUCCCGUCAGCCACCAAAGAUGGAGAAAUUAUUCGCUUUGAGAUCAAGACAGUCACAACGCUAACGGAUUUCCCAAGCUGCGAGAUGUCGACGACGAGGACGUUUGAGGAUGUCGAGUGGCUGCAUAAUUGCCUGUCAGUUCGUGAAGACCCAGGCGGAUCAAUUGUACCGCCGAUGCCCAACCGGCCUGCAAGCACAGCAGCCGAAGCUGAAGCUUUGAUGAAGCAAGAAUUCGGUGGUGAAAUGCGCAACAUGCUAGCAGACCAGAUUCCCAAAUAUUGUCGCAGUGUAGAGAUGUUUCUGUGUCUGUUGGCUAAACAUGCACGCUACCGCCGUUCUGAACCUCUCAAACAAUUCUUAGUCAGUGAGCCGCUGCCACCCCGUGUUCUCGCCAAGUUGAGCAUGUUCAAGCGAGCAACAAACGUUGUCAAGGACAAGGGACUGCAGAGUAAAAAGGAUCCGGAUGAGUUCUUUCAUGGUCAGCGUGGUUUUGUACACGAAAGCCAUCAGUGUAUGAAGGAUGUCAAUGUGGUGUUUCAUCAACAGCUUGUCGCCCAAAGACAGUUUGCAAUGUCACUGGGUGCAUUUGCAAGCAACAUAACCAAGGCUGGCAGCUCUGCAUGUUCAUCUAUAGAAAGCCACACAAAGCUCAUGACACGUUUUGGUCAGGUUAUGGAUCAAUGCCAGCAAUCUGAGAACACGUUAGCUACGAGCAGUGAGAAUUCGUUCGCCUUCACCUUCUGUGUGUUUGAGAAGUACCUCGAGUCAAGCAAGGACAUGUUAAAUCGUCGUCUACGCCUACUAACCGAGAGUGAAGCAGCAGCCGCCGCUGCCGUCAAGGCCAAGGCAUCCAACAAGGCCAAGGCGGAUGCGGCACGUGAAGACGCCGUUCAGAAGUUUGAGGAGAUUUCGCGGCUCGGCCGCACGGAGUUGUCGCUAUUUCAUCAGUUACGUGUUCACUCUCUCCAGACAGCGCUGGUCACGUACUGUCAGAAUCAGAUCUCCACCGGUCGCGAUACCUACGCCAUGUUGGCAAGAAGUCUCUCGGAGCUGCGUCAGAUUGACGAUGAGUGAAACGCUCGGCCCGUGCCAGCCCUCCCGGUACUCACGUAUGUGUGUGCGUAUACGUGUGUGCAUAUGCAUGCAUGUGUACGUGUCUGAAUAUACGUGUGUGCGCGUGUUGGCAUGCGCACGUCACGACUUGUGAAAUAUAGUAAUGAUAAUGAUCGCCAUCAUCAUCAUCAUCAUUGUGAGUCAGCUCCCAGAGUGGUUGCCACUGGCAACUGUUGCAGUCGCCGCUCCCGCGCGGUUACCAUGGCUGCUGUCAUUGCUAUGGUAAACACGGCUGCCACCCUCCGUCGCUGUUACUGUAAAUGCUCCUGUUCAUAAGCAUAGUGUGCCGCUGCACAUGCUGACGGGUAUCUUAGUUUCUUGUAAUUUCUUGUAAUUUCUUUUCUUGCCGUUUCUUUUAUUGCAUUCUCCUGUGGGCCAUGCAACCCACAAUAACUACAGUUUCAUUUGAACGCACGCCUACACACGCCUACGCACACACGGUACGCAUGCGUGCCAGUGAUUAUUUCGUGUUGCGUUGUUGCGUUGAUCUUCGCUGUAUACAGCGUGUCAGUUGUAAUGCCCCACUAGCUCUGUUGAUUUAAUCUUUCUGUACGGUAGAGAUCAAGUUGGAAGCUAGCUAAAACGUGCUUCCUAUCGAUCACUAUCAUCAGUUCGAGCUCCUCUGUUAACCCCCGGGCCUUGCCUCAGGACAGGGUGGUUCUCGGAUGCCUUACACCUGUACUUUCCUUGUUAUCCUCUCGCCUUGCCGCCGUGCCGUUACACCACAGUAGUCUACUCUCACUUUAGCUAUUCCUCUCCGUCUCUCUCCAGAUUAUUUUUUUCCACGAUUACAAGUACAAUGUACAUGGUGCUCUAUUGCUGCAUCCUAGCAAUUCCCCAUGUGUGCAUGUGCACACACACACACACACACACACACACACACACACACACACACACACACACAUCUGUGUUGACUAGUGGCAUUGCAACUGACCUCUAAGCUAACAUAGUCAUUACUGAUCGCAAUCGUAUCGUUGUAGCGUAAGAAUCGGAAAUCUGUGAAUUUCCUCCGGACAAUAUUUUCCACUUAUAUUUUUGAUUAUUGGUAUUAUUGAGUAUUUGGCAUGUUCUCUGACUUGUAAGCCCCUCUUCUUCUAGCCACCUUCUAGCCUUCUAUGUUUCUAGCGUUAUUGUUGAGCAGUAACAGAAGUUGAUACUGUAAAUCCUUGUCUUCAUG